CGUGCAAUAUACCCUACUAUGUACCGCGACGAUGGCAGGAGGGUCUCCGUAGGUCUUCCAUUCCGUUACUCUCUGACGUAGUUGUGCCUCAGAUUCUCGGGUUCGGCGUCUGAAAUACGUUCGAUGCAGUUCCACGGGCUCUUCCCUGCUGUCCCGCCCAGGCUGACUGCGCUGCUCACGCUGUGUGGUCUCCACGCCGAAAGUUAUCAGAGAGCCUCAGUCCUGGGAUCAAGUAUGUGGAGAGGUCCGCCACCAGAUUCACUGCCAAGCAUCCGUAGAGAGAAUCUUACUGGGCGCUGUGCGACGGCGUGUCAUGAGAAGAGCCCUUCUAGCCCUCGAGAGCCUACAUCCGGGGAGCCGGAACCUGUCAUGGAUGAGAAACGCGAGAAACAUUGUUUUCGCGCUCUCACCAUCCAGUCACCUGGCUGUUUCGUAAACGACUCAGAAUUCGAGAGGCCCAUAAUUUCCGCAAAGGGUAAUGCUGGGUAAUAUCCGCAACCAACGGCGAGAACCAUCGGACAAGAUUCUGCACAGCCGGCACUUGGACCAUGCGGUGUGGGGAUAUGGGGCCUUGAGGCACAGCGAUAUAAGGAGCGUACGAUGCGUGAAGUGCAACC